AUGUUUGGCAUCGAAAAACUUUACCAAGAUGGCAUCACCAUUUUUUUUUUAUCAUCCACACUUCAGAUCGAACCACCAUUAAUGUCAUUACAGGCCGAUACAGAACUAGAGAAGCAUCUACUUUCAAGAUGUUACGACUCACAAUCAAAAAUCGUUGAGUUGCUUAAGGAUAGAUAUUCAGUAACUGGUUCACAAAAGCCUACCAUACUAUUUAAGAAUAUUGUUACUGAUACCAAAAAACCAAAAUCAUUACUACAUCAAGAAAACACCCAACCAACCAAAAUAACCCCAGAAAGGAAAAAAACUACAAGACAGGAAUUAAGAGAAUACAUAUCGAGUACGCUAAAUAAUCAACGUAAAUUAAUAAAGAAAAUACAAUCACAUAAUCGGAAAAAAACAACCAAGCAACCUUUUCCGAUUAAUCGAUACUUGCAACAAUACAAGAUUCCCAAUUUUGAUGAUUUCUUCCAAAUGAAUGAGCUUUGGCAAAAGUAUGCUCAAGAUUUGGUAUUUCAAAAUGGCAAUCUGAUGCAAUCUAUAUCAAACAUAUUACCACGAUUAACUGCUGCUGAUUUUAAUGGUUGUCUAUUAUCUGUACUACAGUCCCGAAACACAAAUGUUAUAGGUACCAGAGGAAUUGUUGUUUGGGAUGCUCAACAUUCAUUUAUAUUGGUUGUUCCACGAAAUGAAGAUAGUAAGGAAUGGAAUGAAGAAAAAUCCCAAUUCAGCCCUAGUGAAAUGGUAGGUGGAUUGAAAGUCAUUCCCAAAAAACAUACAAUGUUUGGGUUUGAUAUUAUUGAUCCACGUAAUGAAGAUGAUUGUUAUGGGUUUACUAUAGUGGGGUCGAGAUUUGAGAUCAGAUCAGUUGAUAGAUCAGGGAAGAAAUUUAAAAAUCAUUCGGUUGAUGAUAUUCUAUAA